CAAAAUUGUAAAGUCACAAAAGUCGGAUUGCGGAUUUGGAAGUAAGAGAAGUUGCUGCACAGAAAUCUAAGAUUUUUUUAGAAAUCAUUUAAGAUAAUUUAAAGUUGAACUUAGUAUACGAAUUGUAGUGUUAAUUUUCUUUAAGUUUUGAUAAUAUUUAUAAUUUUUACUUCGUUUGUGAGUAAAGUAUCUCGACCGAAUUAAGUAUUAGGUACAGACGUUCGUUGGGCGUAAAAAGAAAAUGGCGUGCGCUACUCUCAAAAGAAAUUUGGAAUGGGAUUCAAUGGCGCAAACGCCUGCGAAACGAAGAUGUGUCCCGUUUGCUACAUCUAGUAAUAGUCCGGGAAUAAAGCUGACGGAAAACAAACACUCUGCAUUCGGUGAAACAGUUACUGCUCCUGCAAAAUUGACCCCAGAGCGCAUGGUGCAGGAGAUAUGCGACGAGAUAAUGCGUCUGCGGCGGCGGAGCCAGCUGCGACUGGCCGAGGGCGCCGCGGGCUCCUCCUCCAGCGGCAGCGAGGGCGACUCGUCCCCACCGAGACACGCUGCACACGCGCGCGCUCCGCACAAGGUUCACAAGCCAUACAAGAUGCACAAGCGUGUGCUCUUCACAUUUGAUCAGGUGCGCAUGAUCUGCGAGCGGUUGCUGCGCGAGCAGGAGGCUGGGCUGCGGGCGGAGUACGACUCUGCGCUCAACAACAAGCUCUCGGAGCAGUACGAGUCCUUUGUGCGCUUCAACCUGGACCAGGUGCAGCGCCGCCCCCCACCCGCCACGUGCAUGCCCCUGGGCGUGGACGCGGAGCACCACAUGCAUCAGGACCUAGUUCCUAGCUAUCUGUCCUAAUAACGGAGGAGCCAGUCGUUGGACGUGACACUGCAGAUAUAUCAAGAUAAACAUAUUUUGGUAUAUUACAUAACAUUAUAUGCUGGAAUAUAAUGUGACCUAAUGAUUGAAGACAUUGUGACUGCUGAGGGAGCUAGCCGACACCAAUAUUGUGCCCGUUGCAAUAACCUUGUAAUGCAGUAUUAAGAUUCAUUUUGCUACAAUAAUAUAAUUCUCCCAGCGCGGGUAUGAUAUUGUUACGGCUAGUUUCCACAAUAAUCAUGCCACAUAAACAUAAAUUAGCUUAUAAUGCUUUAGAUAAGAUUCGCUGGAUAAUUGUGUUCAUGGAGUGAGUGAGGCGCUGCCCCUGCGCCUGCGCCUGCCUGCGCCUGCGCAGACUAAAUGUUUUAUGUAAGACGACGUCAAACCCGACUGUUUGUUUUUGUAUAUUUUCUAAAGAAUAUGAUAAUAUGUAGAGAAUUAGAGAUAAAACAAAAGGAUAAAAUUCACACAGAGUGCCUGCUAAGAUUACAUCCUCAUGAGUUGAAAGUUAGCCAUAAUUUCGAUUCGUUUAAUCUUUUUUUUUUAGUUACUUUUAGUGUUAUCGAAAUAUAGAUGUAGUUUUAAAUUAUACUAUGUUUACUGAAUAAUGUACGCAAUUACGCGACCCGGCUUAUUCAUCUCGCGACAUGAUUUACAAUGAGACAACCUGAUUCCAGGAACGUCGACUCUUGUGGCGAUUAUGCUCCAAAAUUACGGAUGUUUCCCGUUAGGCUUAUCGCCUAAUGGGAAAAAACCCAAUGUGCCGAACGACCCAACGGGAAACAUCCAUAAUCAACAGUUUGUCUCACAUGUCAGUGGUAGUUGUAACUUUUAUGACAAUGGGCCUCUUGUAUCAGAAAAAACUACAAAUAUUUAUAUCACGGCUUUCCUAAAUUAUCUUAAAUUCUAAAUUAACUCAACUGAUACAUUAAGGCUUUAGUAAAUGUUUAUUAAUUAGCUUUAUUUAAUUUUCUAAGUUAUUGUCGGUAAUAUUGUUUGGUGGUUCUCCCACACAAGUGCUACUGCAUAGUUUUUUGUUUUCCAAAAUUUGGUUUUCUUUUUUAUUAUGACCAGGUAUAAUUUGUUACCAAGCGUUUAAAAUAGAAUAGAUCUUUUCUUUUAAAUUGUAUUAUCAGCUCAUCUUAUUAUAUAGGUUAUUGGCGUUUAAGAACUGAAAAUAAAUUAGCUAAACAACCAUAA